AUGAGCUUCACAACUACAAUUGCUCGUCCACUGCAGUUGCUCACUCGAGCCCUCCAGUGGUCCAGCGUUGUCAUCGUCAUGGGUCUAACCUCGUUCUUCAUCCACCACGGUCCCCGUGGCCAGCACACCACUUACCAAGAGAUCAUUUCUACCAUCUCAGUCGUCUUCUUCCUCCCGGCUUUCAUUUCGCCCUUCCUACCCUCGUCGUUGAGCAGAUUCGUGCUCGCUAUCGACGUCGUCUUCUCCUACCUCUGGUUGACUGCCUUUAUUUUCUCCGCGCAAGACUACAGUGGAAGUCGGUGCUACUACGCUAACCCCGCAGGCAUCGGCUGCAAACGCAAGAGAGCCAAUGAAGCAUUCAUCUUCGUAGCUUUCAUCUUCACCAUCUUCGGCAUGCUCCUUGAAGUCGCUGCCCUCUGGGCCUAUCGCAGGGAAAAUAGCCCUAACCACUCCACCGAGACCAAAGUCAAUUCCGGGACUCGUCCACCUAUGGAUGCUCCUGCAGCUCCUGCUGGAACUGUCUAA